AUGAUGAAUUGGACAGGCGGCCAGCUGCAGCGUCAUCACAAUCGCUCAGGCCUGUUGACCAAGACUCAGAAACAAAAUUUCGCCAAGUCAAGACUCCAAAAGGGCACGGUCGUUCCCCCGCCUUCGCCAUUCAGUAACUUUCCUGAUAUUGGAUUCAAGGGCUCGAGCACUAGGAAAAAAGAUGAGAAAGCAGAGACAAAUGGAAAUCAGGUUACAGAAAAGCCAGCCUCACAUUUGACUGGUGAUCAAUCCUCUCAUAGUGGCAGCGGAUUGAGCGAGGUCAAGCGCCAGCUGCUAAAGGAACCUGAUUGGGCAGCCGUGUCUGUCACACGUCCACUCGAGCUUGCAUUUACAUCCGUGGAGGAAGUCGAGCGGUUUGGGAAGCGACGAAAGCUAAAUGACAGGGACAGAAAACGUCUGGUAGCAGCUAACAACAACAAAUCUACUUUUUUUGAGUGGCCCAGACACCCACAAAGAAGCAGAAAUUCAUCCUCGGUGAUCGAUACCAUCGAAGAAGACAUCCUUUUUGAGUUCAACGGACGACCAGUGGCGCAAUCCAAUGGCAGCUCAGGGGCGGUCCUGAACAGCAUGUCAUCACAGCCAAUGUUACUUGAUCAUGAAGUAUCUUCCAUUGCGGACCAGGACCUGGGCAAAGAAAACUUGACAGCUACCUGGAUUACCAGUCUCUUUCCCUGUUCACAGUGA